UUCGAGUGAGACCAGUGGGGCUGAUGGGCUCUUAAUUUCUGACAUCAGCCCCCUUUUUACAAAGUGGGAUACACACGCCAGACGCUGCACGGUCGGUUCUUUACACUUGAAAUGCAUCGGCGACUACACGAGGCGUUGACGAGCGUGUCUGUGGAUGCAAGGGAUCUGUAUCUGCAUGGCAGCGUGCAAUACGUGGAUGGGCCCCCAAGCCCUCUGGAGUUUCUCCGGGAGUGGGUGACACCAAACCGUCCCGUGAUCUACAGACACACCACGCAGCACUGGGCAGCCCUGACCAAGUGGAGCCCCGCGUACUUGCGGAAUGUCAUGGGCAGCAAGGAUGUGAGCGUGGCUGUUACACCAAACGGCUAUGCGGAUGCGGUUCUUGGUGAUCGCUUCGUAAUGCCAGAGGAGAGAAUGAUGAAGUUUGGAGCAUUCUUGGACAUCCUUGAAAAGAAGACCCAAAACAAUGGUGGAGUAUUUUACAUUCAGAAGCAAUGUUCCAAUCUCACUUCCGAGUUCCAGGAGCUUCUGGCUGAUGUGGAACCUGAUAUCCCAUGGGCAUCAGAGGCAUUCGGUAAGAAGCCUGACGCUGUAAACUUUUGGAUUGGAGAGAAAGAAGCUGUCACAUCUUUACACAAGGACCACUACGAGAAUCUGUACUGCGUAAUAUCAGGAGAGAAGGAAUUCACUCUCUUCCCUCCUACCGACCGGCCCUUCAUACCAUACGAGUUUUACCAGCCAGCCACGUACAGACAGCGUGAGGAUGGAGAGUUUGAAGUCGUCGAUGAAAAAUAUGCAGAGAAGGUGCCGUGGAUCCCCGUGAACCCCCUCCAGCCUGACCUGGGCCGGUACCCGGAGUUUUCUGGAGCCUGUGCCAUUCACGUGACCCUGCGGGCCGGGGAAACGCUCUACCUGCCCUCUCUCUGGUUCCACCACGUGCAGCAGUCGCAUGGCUGCAUCGCCGUGAACUUUUGGUACGACAUGGAAUAUGACAUAAAGUACAACUACUAUCAAUUCUUAGAUGCAGUAGCUGGUGUGGCUAAAAGAUACAUGUGUGACGACGACUCAUAGCGUGGCACAGCGGAGGUAAUCAACACUCGACUCUUUGCCAUGGCUUGGUCACUCGAAGGACUGUGGCAGCAAAUUGGAAAAUGAUGGCAAGCCCUCGGCCUCGGUUUCAAGCUACCGCAUGGACAAAGAGAACAGAUGUUUUGUUUUUUUUAAUUUGACAGGGGAUCCAUGAAGAUGCGAUUACAUUGAAAGUGUUUGCUUGGAAAGCAUUGAUUGUGUACGAAAAGCCUCGAGAUUGCAUGUGGGAACACUCGAUGGAACACGACCAUUGUGUCAUUAUUAGCACCCUGGACUGGCAAUCGAGACGUCUCUUUAUUCAAUUUCCUGGCUCGGCAGUUGAAAUACUAGCAACGUUUCAUACAUCACGCCGCCUCUGUACACCUGUCAGUGUAAAUGGGCACACCACAAUCCAUCAGCAGGUCGUGUGUGGUGGGGUAAAGUGUGGGUACUCAACACCUCUUCUAAACGUAUAGCAAACGUGGAAGAGUAGGCCAAAAUACCCUCUAGAUGGGGCUCUCUAGAGCUUCCUCUUGUGGAGGCCCUUCUACCAAUCGUGGCCUGAGUAAGCAAUUGCAGGGCUGAGCCUUUACCUUUGUACUCCUGGUCAGUUACACUUAACUAUGACGACUCAAUGGAAUGACUGCACAGAACAGAGGCAGCUUGUUCUGCAUCGCUUUUGAAUUCUCCUCAAACCUCUCAAGAGUGUCUCUGCUCAUAUUGCCUCCAUGGCACACUGAACAUCAUUAUUUUUGUUGGUGAUGAUGUUGAUUGUACUGUUUUUAUAUAAAUGUGUAAAUGAAGGUAUCUUAUUUUGCAUGUGUGGUUGAAUGCAAUUUUUAUUAAUGUUUAAUGGAAAUGUGUUUUUGUUUUAUUAAAGUCUGCCAUAAAGAGUUUCUACAAUGCCACAAAAACAUGCUAAAUUACUUAAUUUGUGUAACCUGUUGAAAGAUUAAUCAGCCAGAAUCUACCCACUGCUGGAUUUUACCAUUAACGAUUGGACAAUAUCCAAAUUACUUGUACUAAGGACAUUUGGUGACGUUGCAUAUUGCCCCCUGAAAAUGUAUAUUAAAAACAUAAUCUCGGUGUCGGAGGGUACAUUACAGUACUUAAAGACGGCUGCUGGCGUGGGCCCUGCACCACCAAAUGUCCCAUUGGCCCCCACCCAAGCUCACUCCCCUUGGUGGUGAAUCAUUGUGGUGGUGGUGGUGGCCCACACCAGGGAGUCGAAACAAAAACCGGAGCGAGGGACCGGAUUUAACCCUUUUCUUAACGAAAACUGAACCAAAAUGUGAUUUUGCCUCCGAAAUGAAAAAUCCUGAAAAGAGGAUGCGGUCAGCGAGUUUGAAAACCCCGGUUGAAGAUAAAUAUUGAGCUUUGCAACUUGUAUGAGAGAAAAAAUAUUGUAUUUAUAAAGGCUGCAAUCUCUAAGCCAAUGAUGCUACAGAGCACAUGAUCAUGGUCGGUCAGUCUUUUUGCGAAACGUCCCCUAACAGAGCCACAGGAUUAUGCCUGCAGUCAACUCGAGCGCUGAGGGUCAGAAGGUCACACCAAGACUCGGAGACGUACAAAGACAAAGAUCCCCCGUACAGCCUUCACAGACUUGGUGGGGCAAGUGCUGUUAGCGAGGGAGCAGCUAUCAAGGCCGCCACUGCACAGGAGGCGGUGGGGUGGUCAAUAGCUCGCCCGCUCGCCUUUGUCUCCCUAUUGGCGAUGUUUGCACAGCGCCAAUAAUUAAAAUGUAUAAAGCGCCCUUAAACCAGGUACUCAUUUGAGGCUGAGUCGACCUAGGGGAUGUCCAGAACCGGUUUAGAUAGUCGUCACUGGUUGUUGGUGGUGGCCGUGAGCAGGAAUCGAACUCGAGUGGCCUGGUUCGUGGCAACGUUCCACUACCGCUCCAUUGAUAUACAAUGAUCACGUCCAGUACACAAUAGUCAGAGAUACACACACAAGGUAGGGCAAUGAAGCACACAUUCUCGAGAUACUAUAACAGGAAUGGUCCAUGAUAAGGGGGUUAACUCGCGUUAAUUACAAGCUACUACACAGACAUUAAAAUGGUCGUCAAAGUGUAUUUGAGGAAUACAGGGCAACGUGAUCAUGUUUCAUUGCUUGGCGUGUUUGCAUUGUAUGUAGUAGUGUCCUGCAGUGCUUGCAAUAAUGCAAACACGGUCAGCAAUAAACAGCUCAAAAUUCCUCAAAUAUACUGAACUUGUUAAUCACAAUUUUAUUCACACGUAGGAAACUGCAAAUGUUCCUGUUAAAAGUCACCAGCAAAAUCGGCAGGGAAAUGCAAUUCACGUGGAAGCCUCAUUUAGUCAUAAUUCCCUGCUGAAUUUGCGCAUUAAAUAUAUAUUUGUAACCGUAUCUCAAAAUACGUCUUAACGGGUGAACUGCAGUAUUCCUUUCAUGUUAAAAUCAAUAAAACAGCCAUUCAAGUGCAUUUGAGGAAUGUUUGGCAAUGUUUAUUGCUGUAUUUUAUUGCUAAUCUUGUUUGUAUGAUUGACUUGUCGUGUUUGUGUAGGUCUGCAAACAGCACUGGCCCCGAUCUUAGAUGCCUGAGUCUAUCUCCAGGUGAUUUGCUCGUUAGUUUCGAUGUAGUCUCUUUGUUUACCAAAGUUCCUGUGCCUGACACCAUUGCAAUCAUUGAAGAUUGUGUCCAACAAGGACUGCAUGCUGAUGUACCGGCCCUGGUUAGACACUGCCUCAACAACACUUCACCUGGAAUGGAACUUUCUA